AUGGUACGACUAUGCAGGAAUGAGCUCCCCCAGUGGUUUGGAACUGUAGAGCCCUGGACACCCUGGGUGGUGGGGACAACCUGUCCUGAGCAGUCCGCUCACCGGCCAUUUGGCCAUUUGCUUCUCAGCAGUGCCACUGGCUCGAAUUCAUCAUUCCAGGACAGCACGGUUUCGGACACCAGCGCACCCCGUGCAGCCCACCCACGCUUCGCCCUGGAGGCCUUCGAGUGCCUGGCCGCAAGCCACGCGGCCCACCUGUGUGAGCAGUUGCGGCAAUUCUGGGCCGACCACUUCUCGCGCCGCUUCUCGCCGCGGAGGCCGCCGCUGCGCCGCCUGUCAUCCAUAUCCACCUUCUACCUGCUGGACCACCGCACGCGCCAGGCCGAGCUGGGGCUGAACUAUGGAGCGCCGCGCACACGACUGAGCAACGAGACCUUCGUGUUCCUCGACGGCCGCUGGACCACCGAGGGGCAGCAAGCACGCGCGCGGUCGCCGCUGCCCUCGCCCGCCGGCCCGGCCUGGAAGCCCCCGGUGGAGCCGAUCAAGAGCCAGGUGCUGCUGGAGGAGAACAACUACCUGAAGUUACAGCAAGAACUGCUCAUGGACAUGCUGACCGAGACCACCGCUCGCCUGCACCUGCUGGAGAAGAAGGUGGACGCGGACUUAGACCCCGCGACCGCAGCGCGCGCCUGGCAGAGGAAGAUGCGCAAGCAUGAGGGCGCGAGCUUGCUUGUGAUCCAGCCGCGCGCUCUAGGGUCACGGUGA